ACAUGCUUAACCUUGUUGACGUUGGACAGCCUGAGGUAAAACUUCCCUUUUUUUCCUCUUAACCCUACAACUUCGUGUAAUAAUUCUUCCGGGAUUCGUGAGAAUGGCUGGGAAUGUGAAAAGGUUUUACGACCUGACAGCUAAGCUGCUGUCUGGAGAAACCUUCAGUUUCUCUGCUCUGAAGGGGAAAGUUGUUCUCAUUGAGAAUGUGGCGUCUCUUUGAGGAACAACAACCAGGGACUACACUCAGAUGAACGAGCUUCACAGUCGUUACACUGCCAAGGGACUCGUUAUUCUGGGUGUGCCCUGCAAUCAGUUUGGACAUCAGGAGAACUGCAAGAAUGAUGAAAUUUUAAAGUCUCUUAAGUAUGUCCGUCCAGGGAAUGGCUUUGAACCAAACUUCCAGCUCCUUGAGAAGGUGGAUGUGAAUGGAAAGGAUGCACACCCCUUGUUUGUCUAUCUGAAGGACAAGCUUUCAUCCCCUUGCGAUGAUGCCAUGGCUCUCAUGACUGAUCCAAAGUUCAUCAUUUGGAGUCCCGUCUGUAGGAACGAUGUCUCCUGGAACUUUGAGAAGUUCCUGGUUGGUCCUGAUGGGGAGCCAUUUAAGCGCUACAGCAGACAUUUCCUCACCAUUGACAUUGAGGCAGAUAUUAAAGAGCUGCUUAAGAAGCUUAAGUAAAGAUCUUGACAACCCAUUCUAGGUAGCUGUAAAGGAUAUCCGUUAUGACCAGCCUGUCCAAAAAGAUUAAUCAGUAGCCGACACACUGGUUGUUCAGUUUAUUUACCCAAUGAAGACACUCCUUUAAAACAUUUUUGUGAGGGGAGUUUCUGAUGAAGAUAUAAAAGGCUGACUCUGCCACUGUGUAUGACCCAAAUCAUAAAUUGCUUAAUUGGGUGGAGAAUUAAACAUUUAAUGUCAUA